AUGACCGCCCCCCAAUCUCCCACCUCUCCCAAGAGGAGUCGUGGAUUCAGCGUGAAAUCUGACAAGUCGGACAAAUCGGGAUCAACAAGUCACAGACGUGGACCCUCGGAAUCAUCAGAAGAGAAAGCUCGUCGCAAUCUACACACCAAAGCAGAUCCUCUCGUCGCCAUGAACGAACUUCAGCCUAUGGCGGUCGCGCUGGAAAAGUCCAAUUUGGGUUCGCUGCGUGAGAUUGAAUUCAAGGAUCAAUACGGGAAUGUCAUCACCGAUCCCGACCUGUCAAAUCCCAGUCGACCCCGUUUGGAGCGCCCCUUGGAUACAAUUCGAUCGUUUGAGGCAGCCAUCUAUGGCACCUACAGUAAUAACCGUGCGUCGUACGCCAGGACAGACGAUGCCGCAUCACAGAUGGGCGACUUCAGCCGACGAACAAGCUACUAUGGAGGUCAAAACAGCGGCCCUUCCCAGAGAAACUACGAACAAAGCAGCCACUACGGCCAACCCCAAUCGCGACCAGAUAGUAUCGUGAAUGCGUACCAAAACACACCUCUCUCACCCGAGAACUCCAACCCUUACAAUCAGACCGGAUAUAACCCGGGCGGAUAUAGCCAAAAUAGCAGAAGACGCCCAUCCCAUCAUCCACGCGGGUCACCCUCGGCCCCCAUGACCCCCGCCGAGGGCUACCCAAACAUGGCCAAUUCACAAUAUGGCUACCAACGGUCUCGCGAUAACGUGGCUGCCAUGUCAAACACUGGUUCUGGCUACACAAACCCCUACGGCCAGUCCGCAGACCCCAGCUCGAUGAACAGCUCCAACGACCAAUUGCAGCAGCAGGCCCUGCAGCAACAACGUCUCGAUGAGCGUUCUCAAGCUGAGUAUGGCUUCAAUGCACCCAGGACUCCUCAGCCCGUCGGUGACUCGAGCUGGGGUGGACCUGUUGGAGGUCCUCCAACUUCUACGGGCGCUGGACCUGCACAACCGCCUGCGCGCAAGACUGUGCAUCAACCUCCGGCCAGCAAAGAGAAAGAGGAUAAGAGGAAGAGCUGGUUCAAACGCCGGUUCAGCAAAGAUUAA